AUGAACAAUUCCCUGGAUUAUCUGGCCUACCCUGUUAUCGUCUCUAAUCAUAGGCAAAGCACAACUUUCAGGAAAAAGCUGGACCUUGGCCACUACAUACUUCACAGGAAUAGAAUACAGAUAGUAAAGCCUGUGGUCAAUACCAAACCUCCAAUGGCGCACACACAUCACAUUUUAAAAUUGAGCAGAUUACAGGGUGAACAAAAGAGAAUCGACAAAAUCGAGUAUGAAAAUAAGCAACUGUGUCAGAAAAUUGCCAAUGCCCAUCGGGGCCCUGCCCAGGUGGACUGCUGGAAUGAAUACUAUUCCAAAAGCUUAAACAGAGAAACAAGGAACCGCGAACUGGUGAGAAUUACUAUGGAAAACCAGGGCAUUCUGAAGAGGCUUGGUGAUCGCAAACCCCACUAUGACCGCUGGGCAUCUGAGAUAGACUGGCAGAAUUCAAGGCGUUAUAUCAAAAAUACAACAAGAUAUCUUCUCUCCCAAGAUGAGUAG